GCCAUGGCAACGAGCAGUUGUUGGAAAUCUUUUUCACGCUGUAUGUAAUCAAUAGAGAAGGAAUCAAGAAUUUCAGAAUAUAUUAAAAUGAGAGUAGCAUUUUGCACCGAUUUGGAAAAAUCUGUCCUCGUGAGCAAUUUCGAAAAACGAGGAUGGAUACAGGUCGGCCCUGACGAGGACUGGAAUUUUUACUGGGCUGGCACGAUAACUUGCCGUAACAUUUUCAGCGUCGACAGCGGAUACCGCAUGAAUGAUUUUCAGGCCAUCAACCACUUCCCAAAUCACUACGAGCUGACCCGCAAGGAUUUGUUGAUAAAGAACAUCAAAAGGUAUCGAAAAGAGCUGGAAAGGGAGGGCAGCCCCUUGGCCGAGCGGUCCGAGACGGGGCGCUACCUUCAUUUGGAUUUCGUGCCAAUAACUUUCAUCUUACCUGCCGACUAUAACAUGUUUGUGGAGGAGUACAGGAAAAGUCCCCUGAGCACGUGGAUCAUGAAGCCUUGCGGCAAAUCUCAAGGCGCCGGAAUUUUCCUCAUCAACCGCCUGUCAAAACUGAAAAAGUGGUCGAGGGAGAGUAAAACGCCUUUCAACCCAGCCAUUGCCAAAGAGUCUUACGUGAUUUCCAGGUACAUCGACAAUCCUCUUUUGAUUGGUGGAAAAAAGUUCGAUCUGCGGCUUUACGUGUUGGUCACGUCAUUCAGGCCGCUCAAGGCGUACCUCUUUAAGUUGGGUUUCUGUCGAUUUUGCACCGUAAAAUACGAUGCGGCUGUCCAAGAGCUGGACAAUAUGUUCGCCCACCUUACAAAUGUCUCUGUCCAGAGACACGGGGGUGAGUACAACAGCAUGCACGGUGGCAAGCUGAGCGUGCAAAAUUUGCGGCUCUACCUGGAGAGCACGCGGGGCAAGAGUGUAACCGAACGGCUUUUCGCCAACAUUUCCUGGCUGAUCGUGCACUCGCUGCGCGCCGUGGCCUCCGUGAUGGCCAGCGACCGGCACUGCUUCGAGUGCUACGGCUACGACAUCAUCAUCGACAGCAAGCUCAAGCCGUGGCUUAUCGAAGUGAACGCCUCGCCAUCUCUCACGUCGACGACUGUGAGCGACCGCAUUUUAAAGUACAAGCUCAUCAGCAAUAUUUUGAGCAUUGUUUUGCCACCAGAUGGAAUGCCCGAUGUAAGGUGGAAUAAAACUCCGUCGGCGGAGGCGCUAGGAAAUUUUGAGCUGUUGCUAGAUGAGGACUUGGCUGCUCAGGACGACGCUGGUCCUUCAUCGUCAUCAAGCCAUGGAUCUGCCAGAUACGGCAGACCUUCAAAUAGGUGGAAAUAAAAUAUUGGGUUGCCGUUUUUUGCAAUUCUUGCACGUGCAAUUAAAACUAAAUAUGAAAAAUCAUUUAACUUGUACAAUUUUUCAUCCUUUAACUAUUUACGGUUUUGGAAUAUUGCCAUGAGAAAAUUGCAACAGAGGAAGAAUCGAGGUAAUAAAUAAUAUUGACAACUUGCAAUAUUGUACCAAAGCAAAUAAAAAUGACUUCACCAUGUCUGUUAUAAUCUAUUUUGCAAACUGUCGCGUUCCAAUAAAAAUUAUUGC